AUGUCUUAUCUCAAAAGUCGAAUUACGCUGGGUAUAAAUGAGAAUUAUCUAACUACAAUACUUAUGUGGAAGGUUAUUAUUGGAUUAUUGGUGGUGUUGAAUGUUGUUUGUGGGUCGGUUGAAGAUAGUAAGGGUGAGUUGGCUUGUAGAAGUAGGGUUGGUAAUGGGAAAGAACCAGCGGGUUGGAAAUCGCCAAAGGAUAUGGUUAAUAGAUUGGAAAAGCUUGGGUUUGAGUUCGAUGAGAGUAUACUGAAGGUGCUGGUUAAACCCUAUACUCCAGUGCAGCCAACAGUUUCCGACUCCGAUACUAACCCAGGUCUAAGUUCAAGUGGGUUAGAAGAAAAGGCUGGUCUUUCUAUAGUAGAUACUCAGGCCAGACGGAUGAAGUUUAUCAUGCCCAAGUAUUCAAGUGCCAAAGAGGCUAGCGCAGACCUUGAAUUUCUAAAUACGAUCGCUGCUAUCAAAGUCUCGAUAGCUUCGAUUGAUUAUACAGAUGUUGUUGAGUCAGAAUGGCACCAGACGUGCAUCUUAAUUGUAACUCGAAUCAUUAACAUGAUUGAGUGUGAGAAGCUAAAGCUCAAUUUGAAGUGUACCUUAGAGUACAAUAACCAAAACCAGUCCAUUUAUAAUGCUAGUUUGCGUGAGGCGGAGAGAGUCAUCGGUCUUACUCCUAAAUCACCAUGUGCGCUCGUAGCUUGGGGCCACACUAACCUUUCAAACUGGGGUGCGAAUGCUAUCGCCAUAAAGCAACAGUUUUCAUCUAUCCACUUCCACCCAGUAGAUAAACUUGCCCAUCAUCUUGACAAUCUAUGUUUAACGAAAGACUUCAAGGCAACUGUAUCCCUUAGCUCUAAGAAACCUGAGGUUAAUCUUGAAUAUCUCUCCCGAAUUCCUACCAAUUGUUCUGAAAUCACAAUUAAGGCCACCUAUAAGCAGUGCCCAUUAAUGGUAGGCCUAGGGGAUUGCACUGCACGAUACAAAGACAUAAAAUUGCUGAUUAGUUGGAGAAAUCUUCAAUAUCUGAGCGACCACUCUAAAGAUCAAAUCCAUGUCCAUACUAUUAUGAUCCAAGAAAACACUUUCUAUCUUCAAAGCGGCCAUUGUGGCCAUACAUUACCACGUCGCCGUGUGUAUUAUAUCUUUGCUGAUAAAAUUGUUAUUCCGCUAGGCCGUGAUGUUGGUUAUAACUCUUCUGAAUCAUCUAUCUCUACUCAAGUAAGAGCUACUUGUAUUUGUUAUGGUGUAUUGGUUAAUAAAAUCAAGACCUAUCGUGAAGAUGACAAAGUGGACUUUUCUGAGACUCUAAACAGACUUGAGAAGCUUGAUGCCUUGCCUAGAUCAGCAAUAACGUCCUAUUCUGGUAAAAGACUUAAAAAUGCCGAAUCUAUAACGAUUAAGGAGCCCGUUAAUAUUAAGCUUGCAAAUUGGGCUAAGACUUCUGCUUGUAAUAAGCUAAGAGAAGGUCGGUUUUUUACCAGCAUAUACACUACACCGAUAUCACUAUUGAUGGGAACGAUUUCGCUGAUGGUAAUCCUUAUUCUCUCAUUGCUAUUCUAA